UGCAAAGCGGAACGCGGCAGUCGAAUAGUAAUUCGUGUUUGUCCAAUUCGGAAAUUGGGUAACCAAGAUGCGGGGCUUAUCAGCGUUUCUGCUCGUACUCUGCCUCCAACGGGUGAAGUCGGAUGGGGCUGCCGGAGCACGGCGACCUAACAUAAUCAUCAUAAUGGCCGAUGACAUGGGCUUCGAUGAUGUGAGCUUUCGAGGUGGCCGGGAGUUUCUGACGCCCAACAUCGAUGCCCUGGCCUAUCAGGACCGACUCUACGCCCCGGCGAUGUGCACUCCCUCCCGGGGAGCUCUUCUCAGCGGACGAUACCCAAUUCACACAGGCACCCAGCACUUUGUGAUUAGUAAUGAAGAACCUUGGGCCCUGAGCCUCAAUGCAACGUUGAUGCCGGAGAUCUUUCAAGGCGCCGGCUAUUCAACCAACUUGGUGGGAAAGUGGCAUCUCGGCUUUUCUCGACCGGAAUACACGCCCACCCAACGGGGAUUCGACUACCACUUCGGCUACUGGGGUGCCUAUAUUGACUAUUACCAGAGAAGAUCUAAGAUGCCGGUGGCCAAUUACAGUUUGGGCUUCGACUUCCGGAGGAACAUGGAUCUGGAGUGCCGGGAUCGUGGGGUUUACGUAACCGACUUGCUGACCAACGAAGCGGAGCGGUUGAUCAAGGAGCAUGCUGCCAAGGAGCAGCCGCUUUUCCUAAUGCUCAGCCAUCUGGCAGCUCAUACGGCCAACGAGGAUGAUCCCCUGCAGGCUCCCGAGGAGGAGAUUCGAAAGUUUUCCUACAUCAAAGAUCCCAAUAGGAGGAAAUAUGCGGCGAUGGUAUCUAAGCUGGAUCAGAGCGUGGGCCGUAUACUCAGCACGCUGGCCGCAACGAAUCAACUGGAAAACAGCAUAGUGAUCUUUUAUUCGGACAAUGGGGCUCCAUCGGUGGGGAUGUUUUCGAAUACGGGCUCGAACUUCCCGCUUCGCGGUCAGAAGAAUACGCCGUGGGAAGGCGGAGUUCGGGUGGCAGGAGCCAUCUGGAGCUCCCAACUGCAGGCACGUGGCUCGAUCUUCAGCCAACCCAUCUACGUGGCCGAUUGGCUGCCCACUCUGUCACAUGCGGCGGGCAUUGAGUUGAAUGACUCUUUGAAACUGGACGGCAUUGAUCUGUGGCCCCAGUUGAGUGGAGCAGCGGAUGCUCCCCAUGUUCCGAGGGAGAUCCUGCACAGCUUGGACGACGUGUGGCGGGUGGCUGCCCUCCAACUGGGACAGUGGAAGUACGUGAACGGCACCACUGCCGCCGGCCAAUACGACUCGGUGCUCACCUACCGCGAACUGGACGACCUGGAUCCCCGCGAGAGUCGCUAUGCGGUCACGAUACGCAACUCCGCCACUUCGCGAGCUCUCGUCCGGUACGAUCUGCGCCGCCUGACGCAACAGCGGAUCUCGGCCAUCCGGCGAUCGGCCGAGGUUCAUUGCGGCGACUUCAAGACGUCCUGCAAUCCCCUGCUGGAGGAGUGUCUGUACGACAUCGCUACGGAUCCCUGUGAGCAGAACAAUCUGGUGUAUUCCGACAGGCACUCCGAUGUUUUGUCCGCCCUUCGAAGACGUGUUCAGGAGUUAAGAGCGAGUGCCUCGAGGCCUGGAAAUCGGGCCAGCAUGCCGGACGCCAAUCCCAAGUGGCACACAUGCGCCUGGGAGUCCUUCGAAGUGCAAAAACCAAAAAACGUUCCCUUACAAUGCGAUUACCAGGGCGAACCCUGUUAGAUGUCCUGAAUACAUUAUGACCCUUAACCGGAAGAGGCAAAUUUUUUAUAACAAAAUCGAAUAUUACAAAAAGUUAGGACUUAAAACUGCCAAAAAUUCAUACAUUAGCUUAAUCUUCGGUAAUUAAAACUUCAAAAUAAUAAAAUUAGCUAUUUGAAUAACAAUUGUGC